CCCUACAAUGUUAUAGAUCAGCUUCAAAACCCUACCCGCUCUCUCUCUCUCUCUCUCUCUCUCUCUCUCUAAAAAGUUGAAGUGCAGAGCAUCACAUCACGAUGAGGAAGAAGCUUCUGAUAGCAGCAGCAGCACGCCUCUCCUUCCGCUCCAUUCAGAAACCUCCAUCCUUCGAUGUAAGCAAUUCUGUUGGUCCAUUGUAUGUCCAGUCGUGCAGAUGGUCAUAUGCUGCUUCUGUCUCUUCUGACAUGCCAAAUGCCCCAAAAGGCCGGAAGAAGAUUCGUCAAUGUGAACGUAGAGCGAUGGUUGAGUCUUUUGUGAACAAAUAUAGAACAAUAAAUGCAGGGAAGUUCCUGACAACAAAGGAUGUCCAAAGACAAGUUGGUGGUGGUUAUUAUUUUCUACGGGAAAUCAUACAGGAACUGGAAUACAAAUCUAGAACGAAUUCUUCGAAAGAAAUGAAUGAGAAUCUGUUGGAACAGUAGAAACUCAAUGUGAGUAAACUUCAAAUCACUGUAGCCCGGAAGGUUUCAUCAGAUAAUACUGGGAAUGCAAAAGAAAGGACAGCCCAAGAUGAUUCUCAGUCAAUAGGUUUUGAUGAACGAGAGAUUAUUUAUCCUGGUUGUGAUCAUCUUAAAGUAAAUAGACAAUCACAGACGUCAUAUGGAGCUGAAAUUAUCUAUGCACCAGAUGCACCAACAAGCCAGCUGCUACAAGAGAGACGAAAAAGUCCUUCUAGUCCUUCAAGUGAUAGCAAUGGUAAUGUGUAUGACAAAGCUGAAGGCCAUGUAUCGAAUUUGUUGAAAUGGAAAAUCAUCAAGUAGUGGAGGAAAGAUGCAUUGGGAAAGAAGGUUAUGAGAAAAGGGAGAAAGCUCCCUCGGAGACAUUUAUGGAGAGACUUCCCAUUCAACCCUCCAGGUACCAAAAGAUGUAAGGUCUGGGAAUGAUAUGCCUAGUUAUUCUUCUGCUUCUGUUACACCAGAGAGGCACCAGCUAAAUGAAGAAACAGAAGAUAUUUCCGCCUCAUCUGUUAAAAAAUCUAGCAGUAGUCACAGCAUAGCUCGGAGCCAUGAUUCUGAGUUUGUUGAUAUGGAAAAGCAUCCAAUCCUUGAGAAAAGCUUUAGGAAAGCUGGUUAUGAGACGAAAGAGCAAAGUGCUGUAAAAGAUGCCCUUGGCAUUCCAAACCAUAAAUUGGAGCAAUCUCAAGGGUCUUCAGAAUUUAAUGAGUCGAAAAUUUAAGUUUUCUUAUUUUGUUGGAUAUAUAGAAUUUUUUGUCGCAGCUAGUACGAUAUUAUUUUUACUUGCAUUAUGUCUUGUGAAGUAACAGUACCAAUGCGUGUCAUUGGUAUGGUAUAGAACUAGGUGGUGUGGAUAUGUAGUUCAACAAAGUUAAAUGUUCCAAGUAUAUUCUGUGUUGGUGAUUAAAAGAUAGUGCAGAUUCUAAAUUGAACAGAAAGUUUAAUUAA